AGAAAAAAAGGGAAGCAAUUAGCCAGUGGUGGAAAAGUGGAUAAAGGAAAAGAUAGUAAUUAUGUGCAUUAAACUGUGCCCCGGUACAGUGGGCAUCGGAAGGCCAGUGUGGAAGGUGGGAAGGCGGAAGCGUUCGUCGUUGGCGUUUCUGGUGCUGCUGGUUCUGUGCGGAUUGUCACCUACAACGCGCGUUGCUGGAACAGGCGGUGUAAAAGAUGGCGAAUAUGAAAACACGCCACUGCAUCUUUCGGAAGCUGUACAGGGUACGGUGGGCCAGCUGGAGUGCAACAUCACGUCGCCAAUUACCGGCGACCGGGCGAUACUGGUGAUCUGGUACAAGGGCGCCCAGACGAUCCCUUUCUACACAUUCGACGCUCGAGAUGUACGGGAAGGAUCCCAUCGUAGCUCUAAUUCAUCGUUCGAUGGACGGACCAACUUCUACCCCAACCGAACGCCAGCCAUGCUGGAGAUCCUACAGACGAAACCAACCGACAGUGGGAUCUAUCGGUGUCGGGUCGACUUUCACAAAAGCCCCACGCGUAAUACACGCGUUCAGCUGACUGUUAUAGUGCCUCCGGAGAAGCUGCUGAUAGUGGACGAGAAAGGAUCGCACAUUCGGCACUACAUUCUGGGACCGUACAAUGAGGGUGCAACGAUUAACAUUACCUGCAUAUCGACGGGUGGUCGCCCUUUGCCAAAGGUACAAUGGUGGUACGAGAAUAAGAUCAUCAACAAUACGUCCGUCGUGCUUUCGGACAAGCGCGUCAAAAACACGCUCGUUCUGCAUCGACUCGAACGCAAACAUCUAAAAUCGGUCUUCACGUGCCAGGCUGCAAACAACAACGUGACGAAUCCUAUAUCGGCUUCGAUAACGCUCGACAUGAAUUUGCGACCACUUUCGGUACGGUUACAGGGCAAGAAUCGACCACUAUCGGCUAACCACACGUACGAUCUGCAGUGUGAAGUGCUCGGUUCCCGACCAGCUCCAACCAUUACCUGGUGGAAGGGUAGCACGCAAAUGCGCGGUCAUCAUGAAACGACGGACCCAGACGGUAACAUCACCGUAUCGAUACUGAGCUUUCGACCCACCAUCGACGAUAGGGGCAAAUAUUUGUCCUGCCGGGCAGAGAUGGCCGUCAUACCGGAUGCAGGCAAGGAAGAUGGCUGGAAGCUUGACAUCUACCACGUUCCCGUGGUAACGCUCGAGUACGGUACGAACUACAACUAUACAUCCUCCAUCCCGGAAGGGGUCGACGUGUACUUCGAGUGCAACAUCAAAUCCAACCCGUGGGUGUACAAAGUGAUCUGGCGCCAUUACGGCAAGGAGCUGGUCAAUAAUCCUUCCGAAGGAGUUACCGUAUCGAAUCAGAGCCUGGUGCUGCAGAAUGUGAGCCGCAGUCGGGCCGGACUAUAUACGUGUGUUGGCAGCAACCGCGAGGGGGAUGGUGAGAGCAACCCUGUCCAUCUGGACAUAAAGUUUGCGCCCGUUUGUCGACCGGGGCUGGUGACGACGUACAAUGUGGGCCGGAACGAGCUGGCCAAAAUUGUGUGCGAGCUGGAGGCAAAUCCGAGCAACGUUACCUUCACCUGGAAGUACAACACAUCCGUAUCGGAGACGUUGGAUAUUCCUGCGUCCGAAGUGCUGAGCGAUCGGACCAAAAGUGUGGCUCAUUUCAAACCAGUGACGGAGAAGGACUACGGAACGCUGCUGUGCUGGGGCCGGAACGAAAUAGGCGCCCAAACAGAGCCUUGUUUGUUCAAUCUCAUACCAGCAGGAAAACCGGAUCCGCUCUCGAACUGUACGAUCCUGAAUCAGACGUUUGACAUGCUGCAGAUUGAGUGUCUGGAGGGGUACGACGGUGGGCUGCCGCAAGUCUUCCAGAUCGAGCUGUACGUGAUCGGAAGCCGGCAGCAAAUGACUUCGAUUAAAUCAACAUCACCUUCGUUCGACCUGAAAGGACUCGAGCCCGGUGUAGGAUAUGACAUUAUACUCACUGCCAAAAACUCCAAAGGUUCCAGUGAUCCCACCUACUUGCAAGCAUUCACAUUGAAAAAUCCCGAGAAGCAAACGGAUUUGUCGCUCGUUUAUUCACCGGCACUGCUCCAGAUUAAGCCGUUCAUCGGUACGUUGCUCGGAGUGGUGGCGGCCCUCAUAUCGAUCGCUUCCAUAAUCGUGUGCGUGACGCGCCUUCGAGGCUCAGCUGGCCGGGAUCGCGACUGUGGCAGCAACAUGUCGACGAACGAUGCUUCCGGCAUCAGCCAGUCCAUCCCGGAUGCGGAUCUGGCGCGGGAACAGUGCAACGGUAGCAUCGACAGCAUCGAAAAGAACCCGGACAUCAUUCCACAAGCGAUUCUAACGCACCGGCUGGAAGAAGACGAAAAAGCGUUCGAGUGGCUCAACAAUGCGGCCCAUCCCCGGCUCUACGCAACGGCCGCAAUGGCGGAACAGCAGGCCGGUGGCUUGUUGCCACCGAGUGCGGCCGCUGCUACGUACGACACGCGUGCAUUCUACGCCCUGGCCAGAGACGUGCAACAGCAGCAACAUCCGCAGCAAAACUGUAUGCAACAGAACGUGUACCCGGUCGCAUCGUCCGACGGGCAGAGUUACAUCCCGAUGCAUGGUACCAUCAUUUCGACGCCCAUCAUCGGUGGAUAUGGAAGCGAUGGUCACAAGCACGACUUGACCUACGCCGAUCUAACGAUGAGUGGCGUGGGUGGUGGCGGUGGAGGUGGUGGUGGUGGACCAGGAAGUGGGGGAGGAAUGCCAAAACUCAACCCCGGUCAACCGCAGAUGUACGUCAGUGCUACACUGGGUCGACCCCGGCAGUCGGACAUCAAGCGGUCCGAGCCAACGAUCUACGCCCAGAUCGAUUUAGCUCAUCAUCCCGCCGUACACACGAGCAACCUAGUCUACACGAAUGCACCCCGUCAAUCGAUACCGAUUUCCCAUGCUACCGGACAUCCGGUAAGCGGUGCUCACCUGCUCCAGCAGCAUUCGGUGUCAGUGCAGUCGCCACUUCAAAGGGCACCCGAUUCCGGCCAAUCGUCGCUGACCGAACGCUAUCCACCGCCGCCCCUUUUCGGCGGUUCGCUUCCGGUUAGCAAUCAGCAGCACUGCUCCAACGAACCGCCAAGCUUACUUCAAACGGUUCCUGAGCUACCACACAAUCCAUCGUCCAAUGGUGGCAGUUCCAUUGCCUCGCAGGAUCUUACCUCCGGUGGGCUGCCGACGAUCGAUGAGGGCCGCUUGCUGAACCAUGCGACCCGCUUCUGAUAGGAAGUGAAGCAGCUCCACCAAACGACUGCCCUCUAGAGUGGUUGAUUGAUGUCCGGCUCA